AUAUUUCGUAUUCACCGAACAAAUACUCGCUGGUAUAAUUACGGCCUCAAAUAACAUUACAUAUAAUUUAUAUUAAUACCGCAACGAGCUGCAUGGCUAACUGUUUGACUUGACAUCCCGAGUGUUUCACAUUAUUUUAGAAAUCGCUAGUUUGUGGUCCAGUAUCGUCAUAAUAAAAAAAUGUUUCAGUCCAACGAUGAAUAUGAGCAAUGUCCGUAUGACAAAUCUCAUACGAUUUUGAAAACAAGGUUUCAUGUGCACUUGGGACGUUGCAGGAAGAACCACAGAAAUCUUCAAAUGGUGACAUGUCCUUUUAAUGUAACUCAUGUAUUAUUCAAACCGGAACUGGAUUGGCACGUAAAACAAUGUCCUGACCGGGCAACCUUUGAGUUGCAUAAGUACCAGGAGGAACUGGUUGGGACAGGAAACUUUGGUGCACCUAGCACAUCGGCGCAAGCUGCUGCGCCAGUGGAACAAAUACCGUUGCAUACAGAAGAAAACUGGGAUGACUUGCCGCCUUCGUCCACGUAUAAUCCACAAGCAUAUGCGGCAAAUGCACCGGUGCUUAGAACAUUACAAGGCGAAUCAAAAUCUGUCAAAAAAAAAUUCCGUGCGAGAGAACGACUCCGCUUAUUGGGUAUUGACGAUGAUGGAUGGAACGAUAAUUAAUAUACAUAUGUAAUGUCAAAAACACUUUUUACCUUAAUAGGUAUAAGUUAGAAAUUGUAAAAAAAUGUGUGUAAAUACGAACAUCUUAACUUUUGUAUCGUGAUAUUUUCAACUAUAAAGUACGAGUAAUUAAUUAA